AUGAUUCUUUUUAGAAUCGUUGGAACUGUGGCGAUUAUCCAACCUAAUGAAAUUGCAAAUGAUCAUGUUGAUAUAAUAAAUUUGCAAAAACGAGAUUCCAUGACAAUAGUAACGAGAUACGUUACUACAAUACCAUAUACCACAACUGUUAAAUACACAACAUGUCUACCACCGCCACCACAGACAUGUAAUUGUUAUAAAUAUUAUAAAAAUGGAGAAGUUGAUAAUGAAAUUAUUUAUUGUCAUACACCUGAGAGUAAACCAUGUGUACCAUCGAUACCACAAAAAUGUAAUUGUGAGCCAUAUAACAUUACUAAUACUGAAGCAUACGUGAAUUGUUCUUAUGAGAAUAUAGCUUGUGAUCCAGAAGGAGGGGUCAUUUCGACACCACCUGCUGAGACGACACAAACAUCUGCACAAGCUUUCAUACCAACAACAUCACCAACUGUUGAAAAAACAACAACAUUUGCUAAAAAAACAUCAUCAUCUGCUGAAAAAACAACACCUGCUGGAAAAACAACACCUGCUGGGCAAGCAACACGUGCUGGGAAAACAUCGCCUGCUGGGCAAGCAACACCUGCUGGGAAAGCAACACCUGCUGGGCAAGCAACACCUGCUGGAAAAGCGACAAAUGUUGAAAAACGAUCAGAAUCUCGUCGUCGGCAAGUUAGCGUUAACAACUAUGGUACAUGCAAUGUGUACGAUCGUUUGUUUACUACAUAUACCAUAAUAACUACAUCAGAAACUAUAGUAUUCACAGUAGCAAGAUCGUCAUCACAAGCGUCAUAUGUACCACCAGAACCACCAGUAACAAGAUCGUUAUCACAAGCGCCAAUAGUACCAGCAUCCCAGACAACGUCAUAUACAUCAUCUUUAACAACAUCAGAAGUACAAACAUCAUCUUUAACAAC